CAUUCUUGAUAUUUGUACAUGUUACUUACGGGGGCAAUAUAAAUCCUUGUUUCGUUAGUGCUCAAUACGCCGUCGUAUUAUUUCAACGACAUCGUUAGGUUUUUAUUGUGCCCUUCUCUGCUAAACCCUCCGUCUCCGCCACGAAACCAGAGAGCUCAACAAUGGCGUCGAUACUCUCAAAGAACCAAAAGAAGAAACAAGACUACACCUUGAAAGAGCUCAAGUCACUAGGCAGCGACCUACUCUCAUCUCGAGCUCACAUCAAGAACCUCCCUCUCCUUCUCUCCUUCAUCUCGCCAGAAUCUCCGCCGCAGUUCGUGGUGGAAUCCCUCCUCUCACUCCAGUCCUUCUUCACUCCUCUUCUCUCUCAGCUUCCCUCCACUUCUUCUUCUUCUUCAACGAAACGACCUCGUUCCGAAGAAGACGACGAUGAUACUUCAAACAAGAAGACAGAUGAAGACCCUGAAGUCAUCUUCAACGCUUGGCUAAGAUCGAAGCUUGACGAGUUCGUGAAGCUUCUACUUGAUGUUCUUGUCUCUCAACAGUCUGAAGACACUCUAAGGGAUAUAGUUUUGGGCACAUUAAUGGAGUUUGUAAAGCUUCUGAAUGCGGGAAGGUUUCACUCUUCCAUCUUCCACAGAAUACUUAAUGCUAUUAUUCACUCUGCAGUUGAUAUUGACGUAUUCUUGGAUAUACUUACCUCAAAGUACGUCAAGUACAUUGACGUCCGCUAUUUUACAUACAUCAGCAUGGAGAAGUUUGUGAAAACACUUGAAGCAUCAGCAGUUGUGUCUGCUGAUAGAACCGUGAUAGAACAUAGUGAGACUGAGAAUGAAUCGAAAGACAGCCUGGAACUCUCUAUUCGCAAGAUCUAUCAAGUUUUAUCUCCAAUUCCACCACCUCAAAAACAAGCUGAAAAGUCUGACCACGAGAUGUGGAGUGGUUCAGAUGAAAGUAGUAGUAGUAGUGAGAAACCGAAAGAUAAGAAGAAAAAGAAUAAAGAUCAAGACAGCAGUCUUCUUUCUCCGACUACAAUUGCCAAGAGGAUGAAGCUGAAGUUCACAAAAGCAUGGAUCUCAUUUCUCAGACUGCCUCUUCCCCUUGACGUUUACAAGGAGGUUCUUGCUAGUAUUCACCAGACAGUCAUUCCCCAUCUGUCUAAUCCUGCAAUGUUAUGCGACUUCCUAACAAAAUCAUAUGACAUUGGGGGAGUUGUCAGUGUGAUGGCUCUAAGCAGCCUCUUCAUCCUCAUGACGGAACAUGGUUUGGAAUAUCCCAACUUUUAUGAAAAACUCUAUGCGUUACUGGUCCCUUCGGUCUUUGUGGCAAAGCAUCGAGCAAGGUUUCUUCAGCUUCUUGAUGCUUGCCUUAGGUCAUCAUUGCUCCCAGCAUAUCUGGCAGCUUCAUUCACAAAGAAACUAAGCAGAUUGUCACUUUCUGUUCCUCCUUCGGGAUCGUUGGUCAUUACGGCUCUGAUCUACAACCUCUUGCGAAGACACCCUACAAUCAACCAUCUUGUGCAUCAGGAAACCGUUGAAACCGCCAACGAAGCCAAUUCAGAAGCUGAGGAAUCCAAUGAGUGCCGACCAAAGACCAACAAAAAUCUUGGUAUUGACUAUUUCAACAACCAGGAAAGUGAUCUCAAGAAAACUGGUGCCAUGAGGAGUUCCCUUUGGGAGAUUGACACUUUGCGUCACCAUUACUGCCCACCAGUCUCAAGGUUUGUUUCAUCGUUGGAAACUGAUCUAACCGUCAGAGCGAAAACCACCGAAAUGAAAAUAGAAGAUUUCAGCUCUGGUUCAUAUGCCACCAUCUUCGGAGACGAGAUUCGGAGAAGGGUAAAACAAGUUCCAUUAGCCUUCUACAAAGCGGUUCCAACAUCUCUGUUUGAGGAUUCAGAUUUUCCAGGGUGGACGUUCAACAUUCCUCAAGAGGAGGGAAAAUGCUGAGUGGUUUCUAAAGAGUAGCCAACUCAUAAGCUUAAACAAACACUGCAGGUAUUAGAAGAUUUGUGAUACCAAGUUUUGUAGUUUGGAUCGUUCAGAUAUAGUUUUUUUUUUUUGGUUUUGAUACUGAAUGUGUUUUAAGGCGUACACCCACACAAUAGACCAUACAUUUGUCUCUGGUCGAUUUGUCACUCGUGGAAUACUUUUACAUUCACUAAUCGCAGUGCGUUGAUGAUA